CAGCGCUUCCACCACCGGAUCCACUCUGCUCGAGCCCCUCAGCCACACCAUCAACCUGCCCGUCGACCAGGUAAAUUUUGUAGUGUGCCAGCUGUUUGCCUUGCUAGCAAGUGUAUGGUUCAGACUUUAUCUUCACCCAAGUAAAAGUAGCAGCUAUGUCAGGCAUGCUGUUGCCACACUUCUGGGGUUUUACCUUGCAUUAUUCUGCUUUGGGUGGUAUGCUUUCCAUUUUGUUUUACAAAGUGGAAUCUCUUAUUCCAUCAUGAUCAUAGGAGGUGCGGAGCACAUGCACAAGUUUUGUUUCGUCAUUGCUUUGGGAUACCUCACGAUGUGCCAAAUUAGUAGAGUGUACCUUUUUGAUUAUGGACUGUAUUCAACUGAUUUCUCUGGUCCAAUGAUGAUCAUGACACAGAAGAUAACCAGCCUGGCCUUUGAAAUUCACGAUGGUAUGUCACGGAAAGAAAAGCAUCUCUCUCCAUUCCAAAAAUCCUUAGCUGUCCGAACCAUGCCAAGUCUUUUGGAGUAUUUAAGCUACAACUGUAAUUUCAUGGGUAUUCUCGUAGGACCAUUUUACACAUACAAAGACUAUAUUGCUUUCAUUGAAGGCAGAACAUUGCACAUGAAAUGCACUGAAAUAAAUGGAGAAGGAAAAGGACACCUUGAACAAAAAGAACCUUCACCCACGACCACUGUGCUGUUUAAGCUCCUUGUUUGUGGAAUCUCUUUGUCAUUUCAUCUGACAAUCACCAAGAUGUUACCAGUGGAAUACAACAUUGACACAACAUUCAUGAAUACAGCACCCUUAAUUAGUCGUAUAAUUUAUCUAUAUGUUUCCUUAUUGGCUGCUAGACCAAAAUACUACUUUGCUUGGACUCUAGCUGAUGCCAUCAACAAUGCUGCAGGAUUUGGUUUUAAUGGUUUCAACAAAAAAGGUGAUGCUCGUUGGGACUUGAUUUCAAACUUGAAUAUUUGUAACAUUGAGUUUGCUACAAGUUUUAAAAUGUUCAUUGACAACUGGAACAUACAAACAGCUCUGUGGUUUAAAAGAGUUUGCUAUGACCGCUGCCCUUACCAUCCAACUAUAGCAACCUUCAUACUCUCAGCAAUGUGGCAUGGAGUGUACCCAGGCUAUUACAUGACAUUUUUUACAGGAAUACUCAUGACAUUAGCAGCACGGGCAAUUAGAAACAACUUCAGAUUCUAUUUUCUCAAGUCACCCGGUGUCAAAUUAUUUUAUGAUAUCAUAACCUGGUGUGCAACAAUGAUAGCAAUAAGCUAUACAGUUGCUCCAUUUGUGUUGCUGUCAGUUGAAUCAUCUCUAAAAUUCUACAGUUCUUGGUAUUACUCUGUCCACAUUAUCGCUGUUCUGGUUAUAGCUGUAUUGCCAAUAAAACCAAGACACAAGGAAGAUGAGCAAGAGUAUUCAAAGCAAAAACAGAUAGAAGUAGAAAACCUGCUGGUUAUGAACCAUGCUUCAACUAUGAAUAACAACUUGAACCAGGCACCAAGAGAAUUGUGAACAUAAAGUGUAUUUGAAUGGAGAUUAAGAUACCAUCAAAUCUUUACCUUCAACUUCUGAGGGUAUAUUAAAGAGGAUACAGCAUUUUGGACUCAUGUGGAAAACAUAUGGUGAAGUGAUAAAACACUUCAAAAUCAUCCUUAAAAUGCCAUACAGAAGCAAAGCUUUGUUAUAUUUAACAAAAGGGGGAAAGAGUUUGAUGGUAAAACGUUUAAUAAUCCGCUAUAUCACAGAAAGCAUAUUAAUGUCAGUUGAUUUGAAUUCAUCUUUAAUAUAUACAUUACAACACUUUUUUAAAAAAAUACCAAAUUGUCUUUUUACACCAGACAUCAAAACUGGACUUCUCAAUAAGCAAGACUAAACGUAGUUGUAUUUUAUUUUCAAGUUAUUUACGGACAGCUAAAAUCAUUUUUAUUGUUCACAACAAAUGCAACACUAAUUAAAACUGGGCUAGUUACCAUACAAAAUUCCAGAUCUGUAAUACACCUCCUAAAGUUGAUUGGCGGAAAUGGUAAGUAUUGAGAAUAUGUGUGGGUUCUUUAAUACUUGGGUUCACCGGUGAAUAUGAGAUCUAUUAAUUGUUCAUAGAAACUUUUAUAAAUUAGCUAAUUUCUUAAAUUGUGUCCAAUUUUGUGCAUACUAAAUCUUGAAUACGUUAUAUUUGGUAUUUGUAUUGGUUGACUUUAUGAAUGACCUCCCCUCUUCUCCCCCCGCCCCCCACACACACACAAUUCCAAGCCUAGUUGAAUUGAAGCCACCUUGAAUAAGAAAUCAACAGCUAUACUCAAUACCUUAAGAUUUUGUUUAUAAUGAAAGCUGAAUAUGGGGAAGAAGAAAUUAGAGAAAGAUGUUUUAAAGGUUUUGAGACUAUAGCAAUAUUCUAUUGCACUAUUCCCUGGCUUUGCACUGGUAUUAAUGCCACUAAAUAAAGUAUGGGUAGUCACACUAAAUAACCUGAGCUUUUCUCUCGACAAAUUCUUAUUUCUGAGUAUUUUUAAUUUUUUGUACCCAGUACAUUAACACCACUUGUUUCAAAAUUUUGAAAGUGCAGAGUAAGUCACAGGUGAUCAGAUGAGUCUUGCAGCUAUUUUACUAUGUCAUAGUGAGUUGAUUUUCAGGGUUUUUUUAAAAAUUGUAUGUGAUGUGCAAAACAUGAUGGGAUUGACGUGCUGUAGGUGAAAGGGUUAUGAAAUUAAUGGUCGCCUAGGUCACACUAUAUUGCUACUAAGUAUUGCAUUUUAAGGAUUGAUUAAAAGUGCUGCUUUCCUGGUCAGGUGGCAUUUUUUAAAGUUACACCAAUUCAGAUCCGUUACUGGUGCAUUGAAUUUGCGAGAGCCCUUUGGAGAGCACAAUUUGGGGAAAUGGGACAAGCUACACAGUCCAUUUUGCCCCUUUGUGAAUUGUGCUUCUUUUAGCGAAGGUUAUUAGAAGAUUGUUAUUGGGUUGCUGCAGUAUCUUUGUUUUUAUGUAGUUAAUUUCUGAAAAACAUGUUUCAUACUUUUUGUCUAGAUUGUUGAUUAAACUACACGCAGUUUAAUCAGCUAAAACUACAAUGCUUUCAAUAAUAUUUUAAUGCACACUCUAGUGUUCCCAAACCUUGACUCUUGCGGAUGCCUGCCUCAUACUCUAUGGACAUCACAGCUGAUCCCUAUUCUAUCCUCAGCGAGCAGUCAGAAGGGGGAACAGUGGCUGACUUUUUCUCACCUGCCCCUUAACUCCCAGGCACUGAGGCCAAUUGUAAUGCCCAAAGUGCUGUCCCAGCUGAGAUCAGUUAACUCAACUGAGACCUGGAUUGUGACUUUUAUAGAACCUGUGACAUUUUAGUUGACAUAGCUUACUGCAUAGGUUAGCUCCUGUAUUUGCCUCCAUAUCAUUCACUAUUUCUAAUUAAUUUCAUUCUGUAAAGUGCUUUGAGACAUUUCUUUUGCGUGAAAAGCACUAUUAUCAAUGUAAGGUGUUGCUACACUUGGCAAUUACUUGAGAGACUUAAACUGUUUCAGAUGCUGAUGGACCUGUGGUCAUUUCCAAGAUUCAUUUUAUUUUGGAUUUUCACUUAUUUUAUUUCUAGAUGUUGCUAGUUUUUCCCUAAAUGAUAAAAACUGUGGGGAUCUGGACUGCUGUCCUUCAUAAUAAGAGCUGUGUUUGUGGGGAAAGGUGACAAACAAUGAUUUUGUUAUGCUUCAAUGGUGCCUAUUAAAUGUCCCCAGAAUAUGUGGUGUGAUGGUAAAUGGGAUGAUUCAAAGUAAUUGAAUUUAUCACUGUUCACUGAAAUGGGUGGUGCAAAAGCCUGAGUCUUUUCACUUAGAGUAUUAAUAACUGUUCCAGAAAAUCUGUUCCUCGCCCUCUUCAGCUCCCGCCCCUACCUCAGGUGCCUGGCCAGCACUCUGAAGCACUUUUAUGAAUUGUAACCUUUUAUGUAAUUG